AAAGAAUUUCUUAGAUUUUGGCUUCUCUUCUCUAGGUUAGUUCCAUUUAUCAAAGAAGUCGUAAUAAAGCUUCGUUCUUUAAUUUCAUGUUUAUGUUCUGUUACUAAUUUCGUAGUAAAGUUUUAUCUUUUCCGUAAGUUCAUGUUCUGUUCUCUUACUCGUAAUUUCGUAUCUACUAAUCAUAACUUAAACAAAUUUAACCUCGAAGAUAUGACCCUUAAGAGUCUCUGUAGCUGAUCGCUUAGAGUGAUAUUCACUAGAUGCUCAACCAUGGAUGGGUGAUUUAAGUGUUAAUAAAAAUUAUACCAGCUAGGGAUUUUUAACCCAUUGAAGGAAAAACUAAAGUUGAAUCAAGCUAACUUUAAAAAUCGUUGGUGUUGUUUCUUCUGUUCGUGCCAAGUUUAUUGAAUCCCGAUGGCAGACAAGCUCGUAGCUGGCAAGCAUCUUCGUUACAUUCUGAAUUUGAUGGCAGAAAAGAAAAAAGAGAGUUUUGAGUCUGUGGUUAUGGAUCAUCUGAGAAUGAAUGGUGCAUAUUGGGGACUAACCACACUGGCUUUACUCGACAAGCUUGGUUCUGUUUCCGAAGAUGAAGUUGUGUCAUGGGUCAUGACCUGCCAGCAUGAGUCUGGUGGCUUUGCCGGUAAUACUGGCCAUGAUCCGCAUGUUUUGUAUACACUCAGUGCUGUACAAAUCUUGGCCCUCUUCGACAAACUCAACAUUCUUGAUGUUGAAAAAGUUUCAAAUUAUAUUGCUGGGUUACAGAAUGAAGAUGGAUCCUUCUCAGGAGAUAUAUGGGGCGAAGUAGAUACAAGGUUUUCUUACAUAGCUAUAUGCUGCCUCUCAAUAUUAAAAUGUCUUGAUAAAAUCAAUGUGAAGAAGGCUGUUGAUUACAUUGUGAGCUGCAAAAACCUGGAUGGUGGUUUUGGGUGCUCACCUGGAGCGGAGUCUCAUGCAGGACAGAUUUUCUGUUGUGUGGGUGCUCUUGCUAUCACCGGGAAUCUCCAUCGUGUUGAUAAGGACUUACUUGGAUGGUGGUUAUGUGAAAGACAAGACUACGAGUCUGGAGGUUUAAAUGGACGACCUGAGAAACUCCCUGAUGUUUGCUAUUCUUGGUGGGUCUUAUCCAGCUUAAUCAUGAUCGAUAGAGUUCACUGGAUCGAGAAAGCAAAGCUUGUCAAGUUUAUCUUGGACUCUCAGGACAUGGAUAACGGAGGCAUCUCAGAUAGACCCAGCUAUACUGUUGAUAUCUUCCACACCUACUUUGGAGUUGCGGGGCUCUCUCUUCUCGAGUAUCCUGGAGUCAAAACAAUUGAUCCUGCCUACGCUUUGCCUGUCCAUGUCAUCAACCGGAUUCUCUUCACCAAAUGAUUCUUCAUCAGAACUCAGAUUUAGGUUAGGCGUUGGAGUUAGACAAAUUCUGGUUAGGUCUUCGAUUCUAAUAGUCUGGUUCUGUUCGGGUUAAGCAUAUGUUUACUAUUACUUGUAGUCACAAAACCAUUUACAAUCUCUAACCUCUCCCAUGAAUUAGGUUUACAACCAAGAAAACUAACAUGGCACUACUCUGAUUCUCAUCUACAUCAGUGUUUCUUUUCUUUUUAUCCCUUUAAAGUUCUGUGUUGAUCUAAAAUGAUGCAGAUUCAACUCCUAUGAUCUUUUAGGGCUUUCCGCCGUCUUUUGCCACCAAGCUGGUCAAGCUUUACAAGUAACUCGGCAUAGAAAAUUUCGUUCCAAGAAUCAGGCACCCCAGGGAGACACCAGUGGCUACAGUCUUGGUACAACAAUGGUGAUUUACUUUCUUCUGCGGAUAGUUUUUGUUUCCGGUAUAUCGAUGGGUGAGCGUCCUUCCUGUAAUCAGUUAACCUCGUGAUGUUGAGAUACGUGACUGGUGUUUUCAUUCCCCUGAGAACUCUUUCAAGUAUCUCCAUCUUCAACAUGUAAGGAGUUAGGUAAGUCUCGUUCUUGAUCGGUUCUGUUUCAUCAUCGCAUGCUCCUCCCGCAUUCCAUUGCCCGCCGCUG